AUGUCGGGAAGAAAAGGCUCCCAGUCAGCUGUUUCUGAGUUACCGCCUUGCGAAGGACCAAAACUCAAUGUGUUUCAGCAUCAUAAAUCACGGAUUCAUUGGCUUGAGAGACUUGAUAAUGAAGACGAGGAUGUUACCUCAAGUCAAGGCUACGUCUUCCGCGCUCUUAUCCGUGGUCACGAAUAUGCUAUUAAAGUUGUAUGUAAUAACAUUCUCUCUUAUCACCAAAUAUUUUCCACAUUCGUCGAUUAUGACUUACUAGUGGUUUGGUAUCAGUUCAAGUUCUUCGAUCCAAUGAGUACCGAGUACUUCUGGGGGCCAUCGUUAGGCGAAGACACCCCUCUAGAUACGGCCGCCUAUUAUACCGAUCCAUUCUACGCAGAAUGUCGAGCAUAUGGACGCAUAAACGAGGCAAUGAAAAAAAGAGUCCUCAAGUCGGAUAUUGCUGUUCCAUGCCAUGGGUUCCUUUUCCUACGGGCCAACGAUCAAGAAGCAUUGAAAAAUCUCGACAUUGACCUCGGACUAGAAGACAUGGAUCUGGAUUAUCAGAAAUCCACAAUCGAAGGAUUAAGGGCCAGAGCCAUUGUCAAAGAUAUUGCAUCCUCAGACAGCGGUGUAAAUUCUAAAAGCAUUAGGAAAAUCCUAAGCAAUGUGAUUACAAUGAAUAAGGCCGGGAUUUACAAUAUGGACAUCCGAAUCGACAAUUUUCGCGAUGGGAAAGUAGUGGACUUUGGCUCAUCUUGGACUGAGCCUCAUGCCCUCUUGGACUCAUUAAGUCGAGACGCAGCUCUCGAGUCGAAAAUAGCGGAUCGAGUCAUGUUCGAUCAAAUGGUGGAAGAGGAAGAGAUAGACACUAAAGGAAAGGUCAAGGCGUUACAUCCUAUGCGAUUACGGUCUCAAAGCGUACGAUAA